UUGUCAAAACAAACAAAAUCAGCGAAAAAAAAUGAAAACGGAUCGAAUUUUCAGCUUCCUACUUUAUUCGCUUGGAUUAGUCUGGUAAUAAAAUAGUGAAAUUUUCGAUCUAAAUCGUUCAAAUUACGGUCCAAACCAGUGCAAAAUGCCAGAAGAAUCCAAGACGGAAGGUGAAAUCGAAAAUGUUCGAGUGGUGGUCAGAGUUCGUCCGAUGGACAAAAAUGAAACCGAUUCCGGGAGCCAGAAUAUAAUCAAGACCGACAAGUGCAAUCGUUGCGUGACCGUUUACAAGCCCAACGCCAAUUCCAGUGAACCCCCCAAGGUGUACUAUUUCGAUAAUGUGUUCGGAGAGGAAUCCACACAGAUCGAUUUGUACGUAGAUACCGCCCGUCCGAUCGUAGACAAAGUGCUGGAAGGCUACAAUGGGACCAUCUUGGCAUACGGUCAAACAGGCACCGGCAAGACCUACACCAUGUCCGGUAAUCCGGAUUCUCCGCAGACGAAGGGCAUCAUUCCGAACACGUUUGCCCACAUCUUUGGGCACAUCGCCCGGGCUAAGGAGAACCAAAAGUUCCUGGUGCGGGUAAGUUAUAUGGAAAUCUAUAACGAGGAGGUUCGUGACUUGCUCGGCAAGGAGUUCAACAAGAGCUUGGAAGUGAAGGAACGUGCCGAUAUUGGCGUGUUCGUGAAAGAUCUGAGCGGGUAUGUGGUUCAUAAUGCGGAUGAUCUAGAUAACAUUAUGAAGUUGGGAAAUAAAAACCGCGUUGUUGGAGCAACUAAAAUGAAUUCUGAAUCUUCACGUUCGCAUGCUAUAUUUUCUAUUACAAUCGAGUCCAGUGAGACCGAUGAAAAUGGUAAGCAGUAUGUCAAAAUGGGUAAACUGCAGCUUGUUGAUCUGGCUGGAUCAGAGAGACAGAGCAAAACUCAGUCUUCGGGAUUGAGAUUGAAAGAAGCAACAAAGAUUAAUCUGUCACUAUCUGUACUGGGCAAUGUGAUUAGUGCCUUGGUUGAUGGAAAAAGCACUCACAUUCCAUAUCGUAAUUCAAAACUCACCAGAUUGUUACAAGAUUCUCUGGGAGGUAAUAGUAAAACCGUAAUGUGUGCCAGUAUCAGUCCGGCAGAUUCAAACUAUGUUGAAACAAUUUCCACUUUACGUUAUGCAUGUCGUGCCAAAAGCAUUCAAAACUUGGCUCACGUUAACGAAGAACCGAAGGAUGCUUUGUUACGUCAUUUCCAAGAGGAAAUCAAGGAACUCAAACGACAGUUGGAGGAAGGUACUUUUGUCAAUGGAAUCUGUACAGAUGAAGACGACGAAGAAGAGAUUGACGAUGAUGACGAGGAAGAGGAGGAGGAGAUUGAAAUCGAUGAAGACAAGGAAAAGGAGCGUUUAGAGAAGAAGGAUAAGAAACGUCGAGAACGUGCUAAGGAGAAAAAGGAAAAGGCUGAUGCGGAGAAGGAACUCUUGGAAAAGAAGGCAAUUGAAAAUGAACAAGAAAUCAAGCGAGCUAAAUCUGAGCAGGAUCAGCUUCGCGCAAAACUUUCAUCACUGGAAAAUAAAAUUCUCGUUGGUGGCGAAAACUUGCUGGAGAAAGCACAGGCACAAGAGGUACUUUUGGAGAAGUCUAUCGCCGAAUUGGAACGUCGUACCAAAACCGAGCGCGAGCUUGAAGAAAAUCUCCAGAAGAUUGAAGCCGAACGAAUUGACAUCGAGGAACGCUACAGCUCUCUCCAGGAGGAAUGCGUUGGAAAGACCAAAAAGCUACAACGCGUCAUGUCGAUGCUGAUGAGCAUCAAGUCCGAGUUGGCCGAUCAACAGCAGGAACAGCAGCGCGAAAAGGAAGGCAUUUAUGAAAACAUUCGAAGCCUUUCUAGGGAACUGGCUCUUUGCGAGUUGGUCAUCAAUUCCUACAUUCCAAAGGAGUAUCAGAACAUGAUCGAAAAAUUCACCCACUGGAACGAGGACAUCGGUGAGUGGCAACUGAAGUGUGUUGCCUACACGGGAAACAAUAUGCGCAAAAAUGUGGCCGAACCGAAAGUCAACACCAAAGAGACGGAUCUGAUUGAUCUGUCGCAUGUGUACUUGAGCUACAAUACCGAUUCCGUCACCGAACCGAUGCGGGCCAAGACGGCAAGGCCCCGCACAUCCGGAAUAGCUCGUCCAACCACAGCUAGAAAGUAUUACUAAGUUAGUAGGCACACUCACCCACCUGUUUGGGAUACUCUAGUUUUAACUCUAGUUUUAAAGCGCACAGCCAAAAGAUCAAAAGUUUUACUAGCAGAGAGGCUUUUUUUUUCGUGCAUUGUGUUGUUGUUUUCGUGUUUAAAAUAGUUUAGGUUGUGUUCAGUUAUUUAAGAGCAAUCGCAACAUUCACAGCUUUUUUAAGUCAUGUGCAAUCAUUUACUAGUCCAGCGACGUUAGAAGAGACUAUAUUUUGUUUGUUUUAUUUAAUGUUUGAUUUUAUUACAAUUAAGAGCAAGGAACAUAUUUUCGGCAGUCAAAGUGAACUACAUUUUGAUUGUCAAACAUAGGACCAUAAAUGUUGCUGUGGAUGUGACAAUAUUCCAAAAGUAGAUUAUUUUAGGUUUGAAUUUAUUGCUUCAUGUAGUUGGCAGUAUAUGUCAGAAUUGUAGUUUUCUGUACAGUUAAGACGACCAUCUUACAGUUAGAAUGCAAUAAAACAGUAAUGCUCGAUUCUAUUUCAAUUGGUGCUUCAGCUGUACGUGACUUAUGUCAUUUUUAUUUUCUCUUGAAUGAGAUAUUAACUGAUUUAUGCAUUACAACUUUACAAUAUCG